GGAAGGAAUGAAGGGAAAGCGAAGGCUUGGGCUGAGCUGGUUUCACUUUGCUGUUUUGGCUUGUGACCCGGAGACGCUCGGCGCAGUUCUCAACAAAGAGCCGGCAGACAGAAAAGGGACUGAGCGCGUUCCCAUCCGCAGAGAAGGUCCGCGUCGCCAGCGGAAACCCUGCCCGCCCAGCCUCCGAGGGACACGGCCGUCACACCCUCAAAGGGAGCGCAAGAGCUGGCAGAACCCCACACCUGUAAGUGUAAGUCCGCGUUUCAGAUCUCCUGCCUUCACAGCUGAUGGCCCGGAGGAACGCGUCUGGUGGAACGCGCCCCGGAAUUCCCGCGCGAGAGAGGUCGGCCUGUACCUAAGGAAGGAAGGGCCACUGCUGGGCCCGAGACCCGAGAAGAGACACAGUGACCCCCCACAGGGACAGUGGGAGGGAGUCCCUCACGGACAGGUCCCUGCGCCCCCGCCCACAAGGCCUCAGCCUGUCAGUCACCGGGCCGCCCAGGAGACGCGGCAGGAAAACACACAAACCACCUCCAGACCCGGGAGAGCAGCUGGACGCCAGCGGUUCCCUUCGCUUCCCUUUGACCCCUGCGGGGCGGCCCAGUGCCUCAGCCUUCCUAGCACCAAACGAUGCACUGACCAUUUCCACGAUGAGAAUACCCUUCCACGCUGGCGCUCAAUCCACGGAGCCACACCAGCCGGGGCCAAGUUCCCUUAUUACAGUUCAUCCUGAUAAGCAUUUCAUGAGCCCUCCUUUGCUGAGCGAAGUCCCUGGUUAGUGAGUCCCAGAGUGCCCGCGGGGAAGUGCCUCGGUGGAGCCCGGCUCCCUGGGUGCCCCGCGUCCCCUCAGGCUGCAGGUCGGCGGCCUGCUGCCCCGCCUGGCGGUGUCUGUGCACACCAGGCCUUCGGUCCCUUUGCAAAUGAACCCUCCGGGGACAGUGACGCAGUCGGCCUGUCCUUCUGCCUCCUGC